CCUAAAGUCCCUACUAUGGCUCUUCUGGCCACGAAGUCAGAAUCACAUCCAGCAUAUGGUGCAGAUUUGUCAAUGGCUGUACAAAAGUUUUCUCAGUCACUUCAAGAUUUUCAGUUUGAAUGCAUUGGAGAUGCUGAAACAGAUGAUGAAAUCAGCAUUGCCCAGUCAUUGAAGGAAUUUGCCAGGUUGUUGAUUGCGGUAGAAGAAGAAAGGAGACGCCUGAUCCAGAAUGCAAAUGAUGUUUUAAUAGCACCACUGGAGAAAUUUCGUAAAGAACAAAUAGGUGCCGCAAAAGAAGGAAAGAAGAAGUUUGACAAGGAAAGUGAGAAGUAUUAUUCCACUCUUGAAAAGCAUUUAAAUUUAUCGGCAAAGAAGAAGGAGUCACACCUGCAAGAUGCAGAUACCCAGAUUGACAGAGAACAUCAAAAUUUCUUUGAAGCAUCAUUAGAAUAUGUCUUUAAAAUUCAAGAAGUACAAGAGAGAAAGAAGUUUGAAUUCGUUGAGCCUCUUUUGGCAUUUCUUCAGGGCUUAUUUACAUUUUACCAUGAGGGAUACGAGCUGGCCCAGGAGUUUGCACCGUACAAGCAACAGCUACAAUUCAAUCUGCAGAACACUCGGAAUAAUUUUGAAAGUACCAGGCAGGAAGUAGAGCGACUAAUGCAGAGAAUGAAAUCUGCUAGCCAGGAUUACAGGCCACCGAGUCAGUGGACAAUGGAAGGCUACCUCUAUGUACAAGAGAAACGACCUCUAGGGUUCACUUGGAUAAAGCAUUACUGCACUUAUGACAAGGGAUCAAAAACAUUCACGAUGAGCCUCGCUGAAGCAAAAUCUGGAGGGAAAGUAAAUGGCCUCGUUCCAAGCACACCAGAAGUGUUCAAGUUGAAGUCCUGUAUCCGACGCAAGACAGAUUCCAUUGACAAGCGCUUCUGUUUUGAUAUUGAAGUCGUUGAAAGGCACGGAAUCAUUACGCUGCAGGCUUUUUCCGAAUCCAACAGAAAGCUGUGGUUGGAAGCUAUGGACGGAAAAGAACCAAUUUACACUUUGCCAGCUAUUAUAAGCAAGAAGGAAGAAAUGUUCCUAAAUGAAGCUGGUUUUAACUUCGUAAGAAAAUGUAUUCAUGCAGUGGAAACAAGAGGCAUCACAAUCUUGGGGUUGUACCGAAUAGGUGGUGUAAACUCCAAAGUUCAGAAGCUAAUGAAUACUGUGUUUUCUCCUAAAUCCCCUCCUGAUAUGGACAUUGACUUGGAAGUUUGGGACAAUAAAACUAUAACGAGUGGGCUAAAGAACUACCUCAGGUGUCUUGCAGAGCCUUUGAUGACUUUCAAGUUGCACAAGGAUUUUAUUGUUGCAGUUAAGUCUGAUGACCAAAAUUACAGAGUGGAAGCAGUCCAUGCCCUUGUUCACAAACUGCCAGAGAAAAACCGAGAGAUGCUGGAUAUUCUAAUCAAGCACUUGGUUAAAGUAUCAUUACAUAGUCAGCAAAAUCUCAUGACCAUCUCCAACCUUGGAGUUAUAUUUGGUCCUACACUGAUGAGAGCCCAGGAGGAAACGGUGGCUGCUAUGAUGAACAUCAAGUUUCAGAAUAUUGUGGUUGAGAUUCUCAUAGAACAUUAUGAAAAGAUAUUCCACACAGCCCCGGACCCCAACAUUCCUCUUCCGCAGCCUCAGUCCCGAUCAGGCUCAAGAAGAACAAGAGCAAUCUGCCUUUCCACAGGCACUCGGAAACCCAAAGGACGGUAUACACCAUGCCUGGCAGACCCAGAUAGUGAUUCCUAUAGUAGCAGUCCAGACAGCACCCCCAUGGGCAGCAUAGAAUCCCUCUCCUCUCACUCCUCGGAACAAAACAGCACCACAAAAGCUGCCUCUUCUCAGCCCCGGGAGAAAACAGGAGCUGUUCCGUGGAUCACUUCGCCUCCAUCAUCCAACGGGCAGAAAAAUUCAGGCCUUUGGACCACAAGCCCUGAAUCCUCCUCCAAGGAGGACACCACAAAAACUGACAUAGAGUCUGACUGUCAGAGUGUUACCUCGGUCACCAGUCCAGAGAAUGUGACUUCCCCAGUAGACCUGACCCAAAGAGGGCUGUAUAGUCUCUCUGGGUUGAAAAGGUCAGCAGCUUCCUCCACCAGGUCCAUCCCUUCUGCGGAAAGUAACAAAAGUUGCAGUGGCUCAGUACACAGCCUAACUUCUUUAGAUGCCAAAGAGACACCAAAGGCUCCAGAAAACCCAGAUCUGCCUCCAAAAAUGGGCAGAAGACUGCGAUUAGAUGCAGCAUCAAGUAAUGGCUAUCAGAGACCAGGGUCCGUUGUAGCAGCAAGGGCCCAGCUGUUCGAAAGUGGUUGCUCACUUAAACAGACUCCCCCAGGAAGGCAAGCCAAAGCCAUGUACUCCUGCAAGGCUGAGCAUAGUCACGAGCUCUCCUUCCCCCAGGGAGCAAUAUUUUCCAAUGUGUAUCCCUCUGUGGAACCAGGUUGGCUGAAAGCAACAUAUGAAGGCAAUACAGGACUUGUUCCAGAAAAUUACGUUGUCUUUUUCUAGUAAAACUUAGACAGCAGUAUCUUCAUGGUAUCCAUGGUAACGGCAAUAAGCACUAUGAUUUUUUUUAAUCUGACACAGAUACAGGGGUCUGCCAGUUAGCCCUGCAUGUGGUAGAUUUCCUUCGACGUCUGCUACUGCAGACUAUGUAGCUUCUUACAAGUGGAACAAAACCUAAUGAAAAUAGUCAACAGGGUUUGUUUGUGUUUUUUAAAAAAAUCUUUCAUGUUUUCAAACUGAAAAUGGUACUCUUUCUAUCAUUCUCCAUUGGUAACUGUAGUUUGUUUUUUUAAAGAGAGAAGCAUCAGCCUCUUUUUGAGCUGAUUUUGAUUUUCAGUUGGUCCAAGUCAUUUCUAAGGAAGUCUUUGAUUUAAACCAGUAUUUAAAACUGUUGAUAAUUCACAACUUGCAAGUGGAAUGAAUGUCACUUAUUAGGCAUAAAAAUGCCAUUGAUUUGAACACCAUUUCACAAAAAUGUGGAGGGUUUUUUUUGUCUGUUUGUUUUAAAAGGCAUUUUCAAGACAGUACCUGAAUGAUUGACUUGGUUUCUUCACUAUUUUAUGUUCUAUCCACAAAAUUAUUAAUAAAUUAUAUUUAUAGAAGCAGUCUGCUCUGAAAAGAAAACAUAACCUGAACGUCAAGAAGAUAAAUUACUCAUGGCUUUGUGUUUUAUUUUCUGUUUUUACUUUGGGCCCUUCAAAUUGGAAGACAGCUGGACCCCAGCUGAAUAGCUGAGUACAAAUGAAAUAAUAAAACUGGAGUUUAUAAUGUUGCAAAAAUGAACAGGUAAUGAACACGAGUAAGUGGAGCUUUACGUAAAUACCAUUAUGUCUCCAAAAUCCAUUCACCAGUGGUUUAACACAUGAGACUGUUCAAGCUCUUGAGUUUUCCUCUACAAAUUUGACAAGUGUCUUCUGAAAGCACUGGGCUUAAUGAUUUUACACACACAUGCCAUGGUACUUAGUAUUGUUUGACUCACUUCAAAACAUAACAAGCCAACUCCAAUAUAUUCUCAGUUCUGUUCAUGUUGCAGCAUCAGGUCUUGGACAUUUGCCCAAACUGUCCUGCUAGUGAAGUUUCAUAAAAUCAAAUCUUCUGAAAAUUCUGUUUUAUAUUGGUAUGAUGAGUUUCUAUCUGAAGUUGCCAUUCUGAUUAUCCCAUUGUUGAAAUAUCAGGCAGUAAACUGUGGUACUAUAACAGGGCUUCUCUUCUGUAUUGCUGGAUCCCUUUUAUGAGUCGCCUGUCUGUUGUUCAUCAGUGUAUUAUUUAUGUCUAUUAACGCUAGCAAAUGCAAAGAUAUUGGUUGUUGUGGGUUUUUCGGGCUCUUUGACCGUGUUCUGAAGGUUUUUCUUCCUA